AUGGCCACGAGUCUAGUAUGUAAGGUCCACCCUGUGGUUUAUUUCAGCAUCAUCGAUGCGUAUGAACGUAGAAAUGAAGAUGCCAAACGAGUCAUUGGAACUUUAUUAGGAACUGUUGAAAAAGGAGUUGUUGAGGUGACCAAUUGUUUUGCAGUUCCUCACAAUGAAUCUGAUGAUGAGGUUGCUGUUGAUAUUGAGUAUGCCCGCAACAUGUAUGAGCUGCACAAGAAGGUCAACAGCAGUGAAACUAUUGUUGGUUGGUUAUCAACAGGUUUGCGAGGUUUUCAUGUACACUCAGUGCUAAUCCAUGACUAUUACUGCCCAGAGAAGGCCAAGAACCCAAUCCAAUAUGACU